UUUGAUAAAUAAAUGUAUUUGUUGUUGUUAUUUUGCUACAUAAAUAAAUUAAUUUAUUAAUAAAAAUACGAAUUUGUACACACGACGUAAAAGUGUGCCAAGUUUAUUUUAGUUAAUUUAAUACUAAAGUAACUCGAACGCAAAAUGGCUGUGUUACCACCCGAUCCAGUAUUUAGCUUACGCUGUCCAGAUAUGGGACCUGUGAAUUCCAUAUGCUUUCAUCAGGAUCAACGCUUGCUGGCUGGUACAUUAAAAGGCAACGUGUUCCUAUGGGAUUUGCAGACAAAUCGUUCAUCACUUAAUUUUGAUAUUGGCAAUGAACCAAUAACGACACUACAUCACACAACUGAUAUGCUAAUUUCUCAGGAAAAGGGAGGCACUGUUACACUUUGGUCCAUGUCGAAUACCGGCUACAUAAGGCAGCGUACUAUAAAUGGCAAUUACUUUGGUUUCUGCCGCACUGCACUAUAUAACAACACAAAUGGAGUUGGUGAUGAACUGUUGUUCUAUCCUUGUGAUGAAAAUUCCAUUGGCGUUCUGCACAUAAAUGAUGCAGAAGCUCCAUCGCAGUUAUUAGUACCAGAUGAUCCGCAAUUACCAAAAAUUGGAACUGUGUAUUGCAUCAAGCCAUUUGAAUGUGCCUCACAAGUUUUCCUUUUGGCUGGCUAUGAAUCUGGUCACUUUCUAACGUGGGAUUUAAGUUCCGGUGUUAUUGUGGAUAUGUUGCAAUUGGAGCCAGAACCAAUGGGACUGGACUAUGAUCCAAUCACAAAUCGCGGCAUUGUUGGCGGAGCAUCCGACAAACUAAGCUCCAUCAGUUAUCAACGAAAAUCAAUGCAGCUCCAACAUGGCAGUGAUAUCAACAUUAAAAAUGCUGGAAUAAAUUGUGUACGCAUACGUGCGGAUCAAAAAGUUUUCGCUACUGGUGGUUGGGAUGGACGUGUACGCAUAUUCUCAUGGAAGAGUUUACGUCCACUCGCCGUAUUGACUGAACAUAAAACAGGCGGUAUUAUGGAUAUCGCCUAUUCAGAGGCUAAAGUUCCUAUGUGGAAUGCACCAAUUAUGGCUGCAGCUGGCAUGGAUGGUCAGAUUACACUAUGGGACUUAUACAAUUAACUAAUUAAGUAAUUAAAAAUUAUAUUAUUUUUUGCUACUGCGAUUGACCGUUGAGUUAUGUUUACGUGGAGCUUAAUUAUAUUUUAUAUUAUUAAUUUUUGACUGAGGAAUUUUUAGUUCAUUUAAAGAUUGAAAUGCUAAAAUGGGUUAACAUAAUUAAAUGAAAAGUAAAAAAUAUGUACCAAAUCUAUAUUAACUUCAACUUAUUUUAGUAGUGAUAAAGUAAUGCCAUAAUCGACUUUAACAAAUUUUUUUUCUUCUUUUGUUUAACAAAUUAAGCACUGAGCAUUAAGUAUGAAGCAAACUAAUAAUCAGUAAUUUCUAUUCAA